AUGGCUUCAUCCUCCUCCUCCUCUUCCUCAGAGAAACGUUGGAGGUAUGAUGUAUUCUUGAGCUUCAGAGGCAAAGACACACGCAAGACCUUCACGGACCACCUCUAUAAGGCAUUAAACCAUGCCGGAGUCAACGCCUUCAUUGAUGACAACGAACUCAAAAGAGGGGAAAAGAUAACAGAGGAAUUGGUGCAGGCAAUCCGAGGGUCUAGGAUCUCUGUCAUAGUCUUCUCAGACAACUAUGGGGAUUCAAGUUGGUGCCUUGAGGAGCUGGUGCAGAUCAUGGAAUGUAAAAAAACACUGGGGCAAUUGGUUUUCCCCAUAUUUUAUCAUGUUAAUCCUUUUGAUGUCAGAUACCAGACUGGUAUGUUUGGUCCGGCAUUUGAGAAACAUGAAGCUAGAUAUGGUACCAGUACGGGUAAGGUAUCCAGGUGGAGAGCUGCUCUUCGGGGAGCUGCAAAUUUGUCUGGCUUUGAUAUCUUCUGCUUAAUUAACAGGUGGGAAGGACAUUUUAUCGGUAACAUUAUUGAUGAGAUCAGUAGCCGGCUGAACAACAUAUACUUGCAUGUAGCCGACUACCCAGUUGGAAUAGAUUCUCGUGUGGAAGAUAUUAGUACUUGUUUAAGUGUUGGAUCAGAUGAUGUUCGCAUGGUUGGAAUUUGGGGUAUGGGUGGAAUAGGUAAAACAUCACUUGCAAAAGCCAUUUAUAAUAAAUUUUUUCAUAGCUUUGAAAGUAAAAGUUUCCUUGCAAAUGUUAGGGAAACUGCAAAGGAUUCAAAUGGUCUGAUUACUUUGCAAGAAAGACUUCUAUCUGACAUUUUAAAACCUACCAAGAUAGAGAUAGGUAGUGUUCCCAGAGGGAUUAAUGUGAUAAAAGAGAGACUUGGAUUCAGAAAGGUACUUGUCAUUGUUGAUGAUGUGGAUCAUGUGGAACAAUUGACUGCAUUAGCUAUAAGGCAUUAUUCAUUUGGUCCAGGAAGUCGAAUUAUAAUAACAACUAGAGAUCGACAUUUGCUAGAGCGAAUAUUAGUGGAUAGAAUAUAUCUGACUCGAGAAAUGAAUGAUGAAGAAGCUUUUGAGCUCUUUAAUUGGCAUGCAUUUCAAAAUCAUGUUCCUGAUGCAGGAUUUUUGAAACUCUCGAAAAGUGUUGUUACUUACUGUGGAGGUUUACCGCUGGCUCUUGAAGUUUUGGGGUCUUUUCUCUUUAAAGGAAGCAAAAGAGAUUGGGAGAGCACCUUGGCGAAAUUGAAAAAAAUUCCUGAUGACCAAAUUCAGUGUAAGCUCAGAAUAAGUUUUGAUGCAAUUGAUGAGAAUCAGAAAGAAAUAUUCCUCCAUAUAUCUUGUUUCUUGAUUGGAAUGGACAGGAACUAUGUCACACAAAUCCUGCACGGCUGUGGUUAUUUUCCAGAGACAGGAAUACGUGUCCUCCUUCAACGUUGCCUUCUCACUGUUAGUGAAAAAAACAAGAUUAUGAUGCAUGAUUUGCUUCGAGAAAUGGGUAGAGAAGUUGUUCGUGCGGAGUCCCCAAAACGCCCUGAAAAACGUAGUAGAUUGUGGCGCCAAGAAGAUGUAAUAGAUGUUUUGACAGAAGAAUCUGGAACUGAAGAGAUUGAAGGACUAGCUUUAAAUUUGCAAAGAACUGACAAGAAAAGUUUUAGUUCAAAAGCAAUUACGAACAUGAGGAGAUUGAACUUGCUCAAACUCAACUAUGUACAGGUCACUGGUGACUAUUCCAAUCUUUCAAAGAAGUUAAUAUGGCUCUGCUGGCGUGGAUUCUCCCCAAAGUUCAUAGGAAAGGAGUUUCUUAACCAAAGAAACCUGGUUUUUAUGGACCUGCGGUACAGCAAUCUCAUAAAAUUUUGGGAGCACUCCAGACUGCUUGAGAAGUUAAAGAUUCUUAAUCUCAGUCAUUCACAUUACCUAUUAGAAUCACCAGACUUUUCGAAACUCCCAAAUCUUGAGUAUUUGAUUCUAAAAGACUGUGAUAGUUUGUCAGAGAUUCACCAGUCCAUUGGACAUCUUAAAAGACUUGCUUUGCUAAAUGUAAAAAACUGCAAAUUGCUGAGAGACCUUCCAAGUAGUUUUUAUAACUUGAAAUCUAUCAAAACUCUUGUUCUUUUUGGGUGUUCAAGAUUUCAGAACUUGGGUGAGGACAUUGGGAAGAUGAUAUCAUUGACAACUCUUCUUGUCCAUGGCACAGCCAUGAGUCAAGUGCCAUCCUCUGUAGGAAGAUUGCAGAACCUGAAUUAUCCAUCUAUGCAAGGCCUGAUUCGUGUGAAAUUACGCUUCCCAGAAGUGCCUAAAAAUUAUUUUCCUGCUCUACCACAAGGCUUUACCUCUUUAAUUUAUUUAAAUUUAGCGGGAAGCAGUAGCGGUCCUAGCCUUCCUAAACUCAGUGGUCUUUCCAAUCUUGAACAUCUACGUUUUAAUAUUAUGGCAAACCUUCCGGCCAGCAGAGAUUUACCAACCAAUUUGAAGGAGUUGGAAGUGGAUAACUGCACAGCACUAGAAGGAUGGUCUGCAAGUGGAGAUGGUGGCAUUUUUCUCCCUGAUAUUCCAAAGUGGUUUGCGUAUGUCAGGAAGAGUGAGCAAGUCUUUUUUCAAGUGCCUCAAAUUAUUGGUUGCAAUUUAGAGGCUUUUACUGUGUGCGUAAUUUUUUCUUCUUUGUUCAACGAGAACAUAUGUCCAAGUGGUAUCUCCAUUUUUGUUACAAACUACACCAAGCUCAUUAACUUUGCUGUCGGACCAGCUCCUCUCUCUGAAAUAACUUCAGAUGAAGUGGUUUGGCAAGUAAACCUGUCAAACAAUGAGUUCAAUUUGGAAGGUGGUGACUUUGUUGAGGUUGAAGCUAUAAUUGGAACUGGUUUCACUGUGAAGAACACAGGGGUCGGUCUAGUAUGGGAUCCAGAACAUAGAAAUGAAAAUAAGGAGUGUGAGCCUAUCCGAUAUGAGUGUGAGUCAUCACUUGGUCCUGCCUCCUCAUUUCAUCAUGAUGAGUGUGAGUCAUCACUCGGUCCUUACUCGUCUGAUGAGGACCGAUUUUCAGAAAGGGUAAGGCAGGAGCAACAGCCCUCGAGUCUGCAAAUACGCCAGCUCAAAAGUGGCUCAAGCUCACAAGCAAAACCCAAACUCAAACGUCGCCAUCCUUGCAGUUGUUGGUGGUAG